AUGAUGCAAGCAACAAGAUUCAUCGCAUUGAUAUGCUUCUUAGUUUUAAUAACGUGCAGUACUACAAGUAUCCAAGAAAACUUCCUUCAGUGCCAAAGUAAUAGUACAAUAAGAAUCUGUACAUUUGAUGACGAAGUUCAAAGAUAUGUGGCCUUACUGAAAAUAAGCGGUGGGUUCAUCAUUGCCAAGGGAUCAAUAUCCGCAUUCGAUUGCAAGAAGAAUGGAUUUACAAGAAGUGGUUGCAAAGUUAUAAAGAAGGCGGCUAAUAAACUGAAGGACAAGGUGACCCUCUUCAUUAAGAGGUCACUCAGCAAUCAGUUGACUGAAGUCCUUCAGGAGCAGAAAGAUAGGAAACGUCAAUUAUGUUUAGAGUCGAACAUAAAAGGACGGUGUAUUAAGUGGAUAUUGUGGAAUCCAUUAAAUGAUGGAAGUGAGGUAGAUUUAAUUCUUAAGCAAUAUCAUGAUAUAUGCUUACUGGCUGGAAAAAAGGUUGUAGCAGAUUUCCCAAAUUACAUGACUCAUAUUGUUUUCACUUGUGUUGAAAAAGAUGGAGGAGAUGAUAAUGAUGACAGAAAUGAUGGUGAUGAUGGUGAUGGUGGUAAUGAUAGUGAUGAUGGUAAUGAUGGUGAUGAUAGGAAAUGUUCAAAGGAUAAUUAG